CGGCCGAACCCACGGCCCGAUCCCCGCCGCGUGGCCGCUUCUUCGCCGUCCAUGAGUCGGACGAUCGGAUGGCUUUCGUCCGCCUUCCGCUUUACCUCUCUUCCUCCCGCAAUAAUGCGACAACCGAGACUUUACUGAUCUCCGUCCGAUUUCGAGCGUCGAAGACGAGUCAUUCAUUGACGGGGCUUUAGAGAGGCGGGGGAACCGGAAGGCGGAGGGAGAACUGAGAAGGGUAUGGGGAUCGAGGAAAGUGGUGGAAACUGGAAAUAGAAAGAGGAGAAAGUAGGGAGCAAUAAAUGGGGAAUCGAGGCGGCAGCACAGCCGUCUCCAUGGCGGCGUUGCAGCAGACUCUCUGAUUUCUUUCUCCCUUAAACUACCAUUGGUUUCGGAAUUCAAGAAAAGGGAGACUGCAAGAGGAGAAGUCAAGGAGAGAGAGAGAGAGAGAGAGAGAGGAGUCAUACAGGGAAGAAGCCGGCAGCAUCGACUGCUCCACUCCUGCUGGCUGUUGGCUGCGUUGUGGUUGCAGAGACAAAAAAGCAGCGGGACAAAAGAAGAAAGAAUAGAGCAGAGGUGGCAGUGGCCAUUCUCGCUCCGUCUUGGCUCUCCUCUUUCUUGCUCCCGCGUUCCCUCCUGAGAUCGCUGUCCCACCUCCCCUAGAUAGCAAGGAAAGGGUCGCCAGCAGCUAUGGAUCGAGUAUAACUAGUCCGGUGGGGGAGUAAUCAUGGCGGGGUUUUUUCUCGGAGGGGGCGGUGGCAGCCAGCAACAGCGCGGAGAGCAGCAAGGAGGAGGGAUCCCUCCGUCGGAGAGCUUCUUUCUUUACGGCGUUCGCGGAGGCCGGGGCGAGGACGUCGCUUACACCCGAGGCUUCGAGCUGUGGCAGCACCACCAGAUCCAGCGGGAGCAGCAGCUGUACUCCACCGCGGGCUUCCCCGAUGAGCUGCCGUCCGUGGCGCCGAGGCCGGCGAGAGGAAGCCUGGGAGGCGGCAGCGGGGUGAUGAGCUGCCAGGACUGCGGCAACCAGGCCAAGAAGGACUGCGCCCACAUGAGGUGCCGGACCUGCUGCAAGAGCCGCGGCUUCCAGUGCCCCACCCACGUCAAGAGCACCUGGGUCCCCGCCGCAAAGCGCAGGGAGCGCCAGCAGGAGCUCACCGCCUCCGCCGCCGCGGUGCAGCACGACGAGCGCCACCGCGGUGGCGGCCGAUCCACGGGCGAAGGCAGCAGCGGAGGGGGCGAGCCUUCCAAGCGGCCGAGGGAGAUCACGGCCUGCACCCGACUACCAGCCGCCAUGGCUUCGACCACCACGUAUGGAGGAAGCCUGGACCCCGAGAGCUUCCCACCGGAAGUGAGCGCGCAGGCGGUGUUCCGGUGCGUGCGGUUGAGCCACGUGGACGAAGUCGACGACAUAUACGCGUACCAGGCCGCCGUGAGCAUCGGCGGCCAUGUGUUCAAGGGACUUCUCUAUGAUCACGGCCCCGAGGCCGAGUACCCAUCGUCCUCCUCCUCUCGGUACCAGCUCCACCACGGUGAAGGCUCUUCCUCCCCCGCAGCGGCUGCUGCUACUGCUAUAGUCAGUGCCAGUGCCAGUGCCAGUGCUGGAGAUGCCGCCAUUGCGACCACUGCCACUGCUGCAGCCACCGAAUUGCUUGAGCCUUACCCGACUCCCUUAAGUGCCUUCAUGGCCGGCACGCAAUUCUUCCCCCACCAACACAGACCAUAGCGGAGAAACCUACGAAGAGGAUGCCAACGCCAAGCACGUCUCCUUCACGACCACAGGUCACGUCCGUGUUAUUUAACGUGCCUCAUCUGGUCACCAAUUUUUCUUAUACCAUGCAUUCCUCCUCAUCAUCCGGCAAUUGUGUAAUCUCUCCAAAUAAUUUCAAGUUUUCUCCUUCUUGAUCACUCUCUAGCAUAGCAAACUCAGAGCAGGCACUCUUCUUGUUCCUCACCUAUUAGCAUCUUCGUCUUCCUUUUGACGUCUCGUGUUGCUCUAUCUAUAGUUUGGUCCCAAGAAGAUGGCCGUCUUUACGGGAUCUGCGGGAUAUGCUUCGGGUUCGGAAAUGGACAUGCCUGGAUUUCUGUUUCACAUUGUUUCAACCUCGGAAACUAUAACUUAGACUGCGAAGGACUUGCUUGAGUUGGUUCCAUGUGGACAUGAUGGCCAUGCAUGGAGCAAGCUGAAUCCCAAGAAGCAGAAAGCCUUUUACCACUCUUCCUCGUAGAAAUGUUUCCCUAUAGUGUAUGCUGCACCUGUGGCAAUUUGGAUCUUUCAUGCUACCUACGGAUAGGGAUGAGCUCUAGCAUGUGUGCUCCUUCUCUCUCGAGGCUAAAGUGACUCCGAAUGGGAAAAAGAAGACACAAGAGAUCAACCUUUGCGGCUGUGCCUCAAGUAAGUAGCUUAGUUUUAAUUUGUAUGAUUUUAAUACAACAACAUUGUACAGUCCCAAAAACUGUUCUAUUUCUUUUUGAGGUUGGUCUUUCUUCCUUUUGUUUUCUCCUUCUCGAUACAAGAUUCCUUUAUAGGUUACUGUUGGACAUGUCAAAGCUGCUGCUUGUGUAGUUUCAAUUUUCUACUUUAUUCGCCUCUACCUUUGAGCUAAUCCACAACAUACCUAUUAAUUACUCAAUUGCAUCCUGUGUUAUACCAUCAUCGUAUGUUCUCUAGACAAAUGACAUGUUUGACAGGUACUUCUUGUUUUCUGAUGGUGAACAGAUGUUUGAGUUGCUAACCUGUUCAUAAUUUUGUGCAGCAUGUGUAUAAAUAAGCAUGCAUCAUCCUUAAACUUCUUGCGCAAAUUAAGUUUAUCUUGUUACAUAUCUAUGGAAAUUCUAAAGACAGUAGUGAAACCAAAUGCUUUGUUAUGUACCAAAAACUACUCAUGAUUUGUCGGUGUCCUGAUUUCCUAUUAAAGUCAAUUGUCUAUUAUUGUGUGUUUUUUUGUAUGUUCCAUACAACAAGUAUUGUUAGUCAUAACAAUGUAUUCAUAAGGGGUGGCAUGACCUCUCAAGCUUCACCCGAAAAGCAUUUAUUUUAAUCUUUUGAAGUUCUUUAUAAAUUAUUUCAAGGGACCCGAUUUGAUGCAACAUUGAAUAACUAUUUUUGUAUUCCCUUAACAAUGGCAUUUUUGCUGACACCAUAUGAUUUGAAUUUUCAGCAGGAAGUUUAUGACUUCUAAAAUUUAAAGAGCAAAAAGGAUAUUGGCCCUACGUCGCGCACAUCUUUAAAAGGCGAAAGGGUUAUCGGAUAUUAUUGUUCUUAAAAUUCACUAAAAUUGAGUAGUCCUAAGUGAAGCACAAAAUUACAUAAAAAUAGUAGAUAAAAUCAACAAAAAGGAAAUACCAGGUGAUUUUGUUUUGAAAACUCAACACGCAUUUACUAUGAUAAAAGAUGAAUUAGGUGACAAAGUACUUUUCUACAAGUUUUUUGCUUGCUCUGAAAGAAUCAAACCUGUGAUCAAGGGAAACUAUGACUUGCUAAAUGAAAAAUUCAACAAUAAAUUGGGUUUCUGUAAAUUAAAUGAACAUUUUGGGCUUAAAAACUGUAUAUAUGUUUACCUUGGUGUAUGUGGGUCUGUAAGUUCUUGCUACUUUCAUGAUUAUGCUAGUUCGGCUAUGAAUGUGGAUUCAUUCUGUUUUCAUUUUUUUAUUGCCUUCUGACUACAUCUAAUUAUUUAUUUGUCAUUGAAAUCAUCUUUCCUGUGAGCUAGCAGAUCAUUUACGUGGAUGUCCUAGCUUUGAUCCUCCUCCGUCGCGACCCUAUCUACUUGUUUUUUGCGUAAUCCAUGGCUUUUGGUAUAUUAUCAAAACUUCUGAAUUCUUAAGGGUUUAGAAGCUACUUGUGACCUUGGUUGCAACUUUCUCAUGAACUUUAUAUGCUGCAAAUUAAAGAUAUAAGCCGUAGCAUUGUACACGAGUUUAUCUUGUUGCUGAUUUUGGAUGGAUACUCUUAAGCGCAUGCAAGCGAUGUUUUAUAUGUUCUUUGUAGCUAUAAAAGUAUUGGUGCAUGAUAUAUUUGAAAAGUUCCGUUUACAAACUUCUACAUUAAAUUUAGGCAUUUGAUUUGGUACUUUAAUCGAAUUAAGAUGCUACGUUAAUUGGAAAAAAGAGAAAGAAAUACUAAGUUGUUUCAGGGAAUAUCUACUGAUGAUUGAUUUUGCUUGAAGCCUUCAGUGUCUUUGUUGAGUAAAUGGCUUGGUGGGUCUGGACAUGAAUGGUUAACUAAUGUUAGAGACCUUUUUGUUUCUCUUUUUCGAAUAAAGAUCAUACUAGACAUUUGAUCAUUGUCAUUUUAGCUCAUGAGACUGACAGAGGGGAACCAUAUUGCCGUUCAAUCGACCGAGGAUUUCAGCUCUCUCAAUAGCACCCUGUAAUGUGCCUAGUUGCGCCGGUAAAGACCAAUACACAUAUGUGUAUGUUGAUGGUUGGUUGGUGCAUGGCACUGUCUUUUUUCUUAUUACUCUCAGGGCAUUCUACUGAUGGUAGCAUAAAUAAUGACUGCCAUGGAAUGCAUAUGAACAAACGAUGUUAUCUUGGAAUUCAGGUUAUCUUUACAUGACUCUUCCGACCUCUCAUGAACAAAUCGAACCAUUGACAGUAUUUUACAUUUAUGAGGAAUUACACAAAUUCCUACCUGGUUACAGAAUUCUGUCAUCCUGAUUUUAUCCUACAGUCACACCAUGUAAUUUUUGGCAACAAGAUUACCUUUGCAGUGUUUCUAAAUUGUCAUUAGGCAUGUAAAAAUACUAUAGCUUCAUGUGGUGAGGGAAUGUCUCCUGGAUAAACUUGGUGUUUUGGAGAUCCCAGCUGCAGUUGUUUUCCUGUUGGUCUGCAAGAAGUAAACAGCAGAGUGCUCCAACUGUCAGAAAAUGUUCUUCUGCUCUUUGUUUUGGUUUGCAAAACAUCACUUGGUAGAGAGGCUUUCUUCUCCAGUCAGGCUUUCCAUAUGGAUCAAAUUGGUGUAUGAUGUUAUUGUUAGCUAGCUCUUAAAAUGCUAUACACUAUGUGAUUAAUGUUUUGUCAUGUCAAGAUUACUGAAUUAGGUGGUGUAUUGGAUGAAAAGCAUUUGAUAAUGUAAAGGAAGGGACAAGAUUAGGUUGGAACAUGCUUUUUUGUAUGUUGUUGCUGGAAGCCUUGAGGGUUGACAUCUCAGAAUCACCUACAUAACCUAUAGUUUGUUGGAUUGUGAUGAUAAGGGGGAAUGAGAUACCAGUCUUAUCUCUGGUAGUGACUGAUCACUACCCUAAAAGCAGGUCUUCUUUUCUUGGUAGUGGAGGGGAGGGCUAAAGCUUUCCCUAUCACAAAACCAUGGUGAUGUGAAGACCACGAAGCAUUUCUUUUUCCUUUUUCUUUAUCUUCUCAAAGUACUUGUUAAUGAUGAUGGUACCAUACCAUCAAAUUCUUUCUGGUGGUAGAGUCGGUGUAACUAUCGGUGGGGGUGCAGAUGAACAGUUGGGUUCCUUUCA